CCGGAAUCCGGCCGCGCCCCCCGACAGCCGCCGCGCGCCUCCCGCUCCCCGCGCCGCGCGCCCCGGCGCCCCGGCGCCACCAUGUCAGGCGACAAGCUUCUGAGCGAGCUCGGCUACAAGCUGGGCCGCACGAUUGGCGAGGGCAGCUACUCCAAGGUGAAGGUGGCCACGUCCAAGAAGUACAAGGGCACCGUGGCCAUCAAGGUGGUGGACCGGCGGCGCGCGCCGCCCGACUUCGUCAACAAGUUCCUGCCGCGCGAGCUGUCCAUCCUGCGGGGCGUGCGGCACCCGCACAUCGUGCACGUCUUCGAGUUCAUCGAGGUGUGCAACGGCAAGCUCUACAUCGUCAUGGAGGCGGCGGCCACCGACCUGCUGCAGGCCGUGCAGCGCAGCGGUCGCAUCCCCGGCGGCCAGGCGCGUGACCUGUUCGCGCAGAUCGCCGGCGCCGUGCGCUACCUGCACGACCACCACCUGGUGCACCGCGACCUCAAGUGCGAGAACGUGCUGCUGAGCCCCGACGAGCGGCGCGUCAAGCUCACCGACUUCGGCUUCGGCCGCCAGGCGCACGGCUACCCGGACCUGAGCACCACCUACUGCGGCUCGGCCGCCUACGCCUCGCCCGAGGUGCUGCUGGGCAUCCCCUACGACCCCAAGAAGUACGACGUGUGGAGCCUGGGGGUGGUGCUCUACGUCAUGGUGACCGGCUGCAUGCCCUUCGACGACUCGGACAUCGCGGGGCUGCCCCGGCGCCAGAAGCGCGGCGUGCUCUACCCCAAGGGCCUGGAGCUGUCGGAGCGCUGCAAGGCCCUCAUCGCGGAGCUGCUGCAGUUCAGCCCGUCGGCGCGGCCCUCGGCCGGACAGGUGGCGCGCCACGGCUGGCUGCGGGCCGGGGACUCGGGCUAG